AUGUCUAAGUCGACGUCACAGUCUACCAUACUGUAUCUGAGGCAGAAGUUGAACGGGCUGAAGAUACAUGAAUCAUCGGAUCUUCUGGAGCACAUCAACACGUUCGAAGAAUUAGUGGGUGAUCAAGUGUGUGUGGAUGUGAAAAUUGAGGACAAAAACAAGGACAUGAUCUUGUUCUGUUCUUUGCCUCCCUUGUUGACAGCAAUUACGUGUAACAUUAACGCUACUAAUUCGCUGCGCUUUCCUCAAGAGCGUUGGCUCGAGAUAAUCUCGAGGGAGCCUAGAGCUUUCGUUUACCAUAAUUUUUUGACAGAUAAAGAAUGUGAGCACUUGAUUAGCCUUGCGAAACCUAAUAUGGCGGCGUCAAAGGUGCGCGACACGAUAACUGGACGCGGUAUAGACAGCAGCUCACGGACGAGCACAGGAACUUUUCUUAGAAGUGGAAAUGACAAAAUCGUGAAAGACAUUGAGAAAAGGAUUUCAGAAUUCACCUUCAUCCCUGUAGAAAAUGGAGAACCGCUUCAAGUUAUCCAUUAUGGAGUUGGGCAAAAAUUUGAGCCUCACUUUGACGGAUUGCAAAGACUUGCUACUGUUCUUAUGUACCUCUCGGACGUUGAUGAAGGCGGCGAAACAGUUUUCCCUGCAGCAAAAGGAAACAUUAGUAAAAGAGGACUCUCUGUUAGACCAAAGAAGGGAGACGCUUUACUCUUUUGGAGCAUGAGGCCUGACGGGUCUCAAGACCCUUCGAGCCAACAUGGUGGUAGUCCGGUAAUCAAAGGAAACAAGUGGGCAUCAACUAAAUGGCUACACUAUAAAGUGUUCAAGAAUACUAUAUUUUAG